CAAUUAUUCAUUUAUUGGUUGUAAAACUAAAAAUUAUUCUUGUUUAAUUACUAGCUAGUAAUUGCAUCCUGCUCAUAUAUGGAUUAAUAAUGUUUGCUAUAAUUUUCUCUAUCAUUUUCUCUGCUUUCUACUCGCUACUCACAUCCAAUAUAUGCUGAAUAUCCUAAUAGUAGUGCAAAUCUUUCCACCACAUGGACCCCCAAUGACACUACUGCAGAUUCCUACUAUGCAUUUAACAUAUAUGGAGAAGCAAAAGGAAUUUUCAACCUCAUCCUCCUUACAGAAGGCAAGGUAAUGAAAACUCGAUUCGCACUUGGCUUCUUCUGUCAAGGAGGGGAUUUUGAGUCAUGUACCUCUCGCCACCUCCUUGCCAUCUUCAUUUUUAUUGAAGGAUAUUACAGCUCCCCUUCUGCCUUAGUUUGGUCAGCCAACCGAGACUAUCCGGUCAAGAACAAGACCGACUGUCUGUUACCUGGCCAAAAGCUGUAUCAAUUAAGGUCAACAGCUGAUAUCAACAAAUAGUCAGAAGAAAGAUAUGUUCUCCCUUCAAGUCGCUGAUGAAGGUUUGUUUGCUUAUAUUGAAUCAAACCCACCUCAAGCCUACUUUAGUGUUCCUGAUCAACAAUCUAAUGAAAUAAAAAUAAAUAAAGGCAAAAAAAGUUAUGUUGGAUUUUUAAAUGGGAAUUUGUCUUUAUUCAUUCAUUCUGCCGAGCCAAAUUACCCCGACGGUGUGAUGUACGUACAUAACUCAAGCAUCGUCGGCUCAGUUUAUGAAACUGAUGCCAGAUGGGCAUUUGAAAUUGUUUGAGUGGCAACUUGACGAUUGGAAAGAGGCUCAUGAUGUACUUACAAUUAACCUAUAUUGGUGGAGAGUGUGGUUAUCCUUUGGCUUGUGGGAGGAAUUCCCUUUGCUUAAAUGAGAAACAAUGUAUCUGUCCCGAAUCAAAUGACUCCCCUAGGAUAGAAUAUUAUUUCUGAAGAGUAAAUGAUCGAGAACCUAACCUCGGGUGCUCUGAAAUUACUCCUAUCACAUGUAAUGCUACCCAUGAUCAAGACUUUAUUGCACUCAAGAAUGUCACCCGCCACUUCACGGUUGUCGCCAACAUGAAGAAUGUGAAUGUGGAGACAUGCAAACAAGCAUGUUUGAAAAAUUGCUCCUGCAAAGCUGUUCUAUAUUGGUCUUAUUACAGCAAUUCAAGUGGGGAUUGUUAUCUACCUUCUGACCUAUUUACAAUGGCUAGUUUUCCGGAUAAUCGUAGGAUGCAUACUACAGCUUUUAUAAAAGUCCAGAAUGCAAGAGCACCUUCUUUGUCUGUGUCACAAAAUAAGAGAAAAAACCUAGUUGCAAAAGUCCUAGGUCCCGCCAUUGGAAUUUCUCUUAUUUUGGUGGUAGUUUUUGUUAUGUUUAUUGUCCACAAGAAAAGACUACAUGCUAAAACGAAAGAAGAAGAAGAAGAGUAUCUUCUUCAAGUACGAGGAAUGCCCACUCGAUUUUCUUAUGGGCAGUUGAAAACAGCAACUGAGAAUUUUAGUAGAAAGCUAGGUGAAGGAGGAUUCGGAACAGUUUUUGAAGGGAUCCUGGAAGAUGGCUCCAAAAUUGCAGUUAAAUGUCUUGAGGGUCAUGGGCAGGUCAACAAAUCAUUCCUGGCAGAGGUUGAAUCAAUUGGCAGCAUUCACCAUGUAAAUUUAGUGAGGCUUAGAGGAUACUCUGCAUGGAAAUCACAACGACUUCUCGUGUAUGAUUUCAUGAGUAACGGGUCAUUAGAUAGUUGGAUCUACCAUGGAUAUCUGGGGCAUGUGUUGGAAUGGGAAUGCAGGAAAAACAUUAUUCUUCAUAUUGCUAAAGGAUUAGCAUAUCUUCAUGAAGAGUGUAGGCAGCAAAUCAUCCACCUUGAUAUUAAGCCUCAAAACAUACUACUAGACGACACCUUUCAUGCCAAGGUAUCUGAUUUUGGGUUGUCUAAGCUCGUCAAAAAAAAUCAAACCCAAGUGAUGACUACUAUAAAAGGAACCCCUGGGUAUAUCGCUCCAGAGUGCUGGAGCAGCUCAGUUAUAACAGAAAAGGUGGAUGUAUAUAGCUUUGGGAUCGUUGUCUUAGAGAUAUUAUGUGGGAGGAAAAUUUUUGAUAGAUCUCUGCCAGAAGAAAGCUGGCACUUACUAGCCGUCUUUCAAAAAAGCUGGGAACAAGGAACGUUGUUAGAUAUGGUUGACAAGUACAGUGAAAAUAUGCAAGCAAAUGGUGCAGAGGUGGUGGAGAUGAUGAAAGUAGCUUCGUGGUGUUUACAAACCGAUUUUACAAGAAGGCCUUCGAUGUCAAUUAUUGUUAAGGUCUUAGAAGACGGAAUGAGUGUUGAAUCGAACUUGGAUUACAACUUCACGGAUCUGAGAAUGCAGAAAACAACAAUUGCACAAGAGAAAGAACUGACACAGUUGAUGCCUUCUAUUCUUUCAGGGCCAAGAUCGGAUCCAAAAUUGGUUUGGUAGAAAAGGAGGUCAACGGUGGUGGUGACAGCUGAAAAGGGGUGGCACG